AUGACGAACAACCACGACAACAUGGACCUUGACGACACCAACGACGACGAGCGUCGCGGGUUAAUCCAGAUCGCACUCGGCAUAUGCUCCGACUAUCAGCCCAGGCUCUUCGCCCAGGGACCUGCGUACGUGCCGUUGACCAACGAGCCACUCAGCUACGAGCAGAUGUACCUCGACAGCUCCUCUCUGGGACCCGUCUACAACUCUGCGGGUGAUCCCAUCUACCCGACCAUCGCCGAAUCGUACUUCGAUCAGCCACCCGGUGAGUGGGCCUCUAAUGACCCGAUCAUGUGCGACGAGUCGACUUACGACCCGACCAACCAGUCGAUCGACUACGAGGGUGGCGGUUGCGCGCCGCUGUUCUACCCUCCUGUCAAUCCGGCCGCUGUUCCGACCUCCAAGCCGACCGAGCAGCAACCCCCCUUCGACUUCGACCUCUACCUCUCCUUCGCGCCCCUCUCCCCCCCAUCCCUAUCCCCAACCGACUCCACCGACUCCAGCACCCUCAGCAAUGACAGCGAUGACAGCGACAGCACCAUCAGUGCCGACAGCACCAUCAGUGCCGACAGCACCAUCAGCGCCGACAGCGACAGCGACGGCACCAUCAGCGUCGACGACAGCCCCCGCUCCCCCUGCCCGCACAGCCGCCCCGGCUAUGACGUUGAUGACCGUCACUGCAAGGCGUGCCGCCUCCACCGCGCGACCUUGGCCGCCAAGCGCGUCUGGGACCUGUCCGUCGCGGCAGCGGCGGCGAAGACGACGACGACGAGAAAGAACGCGGUCGGCAUGAUCAGGGGCGCGCGGGCGGCGUAUUUUCGCGCGAGGGCGGCGGAGCAGAAUGUUGUGGAUGGGAUGAUCAUGGCUGGGGAGAGGGAUGAUGAUGGUCAUGAUGAUGAUGGUGAUGAUGAGGCUGGGGGACCGAGCGUUGCCUUUGCGGAGGGUGUGGAGGAUGAUACGCGCGGCGGUAGGGCGCUGGGGGAGUUUGGGCCGAGGAGUCGGGGUGGUGGCGGGUGUUACGUCCCGGGGAGGUGGGCUGGGGAGUGGUUGGACACGUCGGGGAUGGGGGUGUCGUAUGAUGAUUUUUAUGCGGGGGAUCAGGGGGAGGUGGAGGUGGAGAUGGGGGAGCGGCAGCUCGAUGAUGUUGGAGAGAUUGAUGGCGCUGGGCGGAGAAACAGCCUGGAGGUUUGGAGGCGGAGGGAGUCUGGGCCGGGGUCUUCUCGUGAUGAUGGUGAUGGCGGAGAGGAGUCCGGUGGUUGGAAGAAGAGGACGAGGAGUGGUCGUUGUUUUUGA